AUGAUACUUGCUGGCUCUGGCAAUCUGACUGUUCUUAAAAUAGUUCGGCAACUGCGAGCUAUCCAUCUAUUCAAUUCUAAACCGGAUACUUUGAGUUCUGGACCAAUUAACAACACUGCAUCAGACUCACUCUAUCAUACUGUUACAGCUGCCGCAGCUCGUGCUGCUGCAACCACGCAAACCGUUUCCACUAGCUCAACAGGAGCGUCUGUUAGUGGUCCCGUGUCUGUAGCGUCGGUAUUUGGUGCUGCUCUUGGUCCAAGUUACGGAUUACAAAUGCUUCUCGCUAACACCGUUGGUUUGUUAUUUCUUGGCGGUGGACGAUUAACGCUAGCAAAUACACCGGAAGCUGCUGCAAUGCUGAUUAUAUCCUUUUUCCCUCUUCUUCCUACAUUCGCUGGUGAUAAUUGGUAUCAUUUACAAGCUCUUCGUCAUUUUUAUGCUCUCGCUACCAUACCUCGACGCGUUUGUGCUGUAGAUGUUGAUACUGGUCGUGUUGUUCUGUCUAAUUUUGAGGCCAAACUACGUGAAUCUGAUGUUAUAGUUUCAUCAAACGAUACUUUUGUCUUCCCAUCUGAUGUAUUAGAAAACAUAGCUUGGCUUGAAAUCAAUCAUAAUUCCGACAAAUAUUGGCCUACUGUUUUUUAUCAUGGGACGAAUAAUUGGGAUAUGUUUAGAAUGACAUUUUAUAAAGCUGGCUAUAUUUUUGUUAAACAACGAGAUGAAGGAGAAGAGUUGAACGUCCUGCAAUCAUGGCUCGAAGAAUGUUUGAAACAGUGGUUGGAUUUAUGCAUAUUGAAACAAUUAAAGCUGUUAGUCGCUUUCUUGAAACGGUUUUCAUCAACAAACAAGUUGACUAUAUCGAAUGGUCAUGAACGUACUGGAAAUUCAUCUCGAUUGUUGUCAUCAUGCUCUGAUUUGGGACGUCUUUUAGCUGCGCGGGUUACUCAACACUUUAUAAAACAUAAAGAUGAGCUUUCCGUUGGUUUGAAGAAUUACUACUUUGAUGUAUCCAAUGUUACAACUACUGCUAAUCAGCAUAACACAUUCCAAUCCAGACUAGUGAAGGCAUUCCGAAUGUGGUUCAGUUUACCUGACCAUACUAUUCUGUUACCUCAUCUACCUAAAGCAUACGUGGAUUCUGUUCGGAUUGCUUCAAAAUGUACUUUUUAUUAUUGGACGUAUUUCACUCAAAGUAACUUUCACUUUUAUGGAUCUAAGUUAUUGUUUAUGUGAAAGUUUAACAUUUGAAAGUGCAAAUGAGAGAAAAUUUCAUUUACUGUUCGUUCACUUAUUGUCUGUGUCAAAGCAAUAUUUUCAAAAGUCAAUAAUAUGCUUACUUAAUUUCUUUAUCAACUCCUGCAAGUAAAAUAUUGCGUUUAAAAUCUAAACGAAGACACGUUAUUGGACCAUUUGCAUUCAGAGUUAAUCGCAUAUUUCUCCUUCAUUCACCGUUUUCUAAAUGAAAAAAAUAUGACCAUUUUCCUUUAUCAAAAUAUAAUUUAACUUUAAUGUACAAAUUCAGUAAAAUCACAAACUUUGAGAAUUAGCCAUUAAUUGUUUCUAGUUUAUUCGAACACUGACUCGAAAUUCUUGAAGUGAUAAUAAUACGAGUUUACUUGUAUGAUAAACUAUAAAUCCAACUGGCUGAAGUUAAGAAGGAAACUGAUACACUUAGUCACUGAAUAAAUUAUCAACGAAGAAGAAUGCUUCCUAUAAAAUAAUUGUUUACCAACUCUUUUUUUCUUAUCAUCAAAAUGUUUCAUGCUAGGAGGAUCAUAAUGUACCGGAGUUUUGUUAAUAAUUGUAAAUUUGUUUAAUGUAACAAUAAG